AACCCUCAUGAAAGUAAAGCAAAUCAGAACCCUUAUGAAAGCGAAGCAAAUCAGAACUCUCAUAAAAGCGAAACAAAUCAGAACCCCCAUGAAAGCGAAGCAAAUCAGAACCCUCUUGAAAGUGAAGCAAGUCUGAACCCCUAUAAAAGCGAAACAAGUCUGAACCUCCAUGAAAGCGAAACAAAUCAGAACCCUCAUGAAAGUGAAGCAAAUCAGAACCCUCAUGAAAGCGAAGCAAUGAAACAAAUCAGAAUCCCUGUAAAAGCAAAA